GAGUAUCUUUUCUUGAGUGCCACCAAUGACUUUUUUGGCGGCAAGAAUCUGGAGGGCUCGGUCGUUGCCACCCUCGCCGGGCCGGCCUCUCCGUCGCUGCAGUACCCUUCGACCAUUCAGGUUUGGCCGUAUUCUAUCAUAUACUACGAACCUGCUGUCGUCCGGGAUUCGAGCAAGACCCCUGCCGACGAGCGCGGAUGGGAGGACUACGACGGACUCAGCGACAGUGAUCAAAGCCCAGUGCUGCGCCGUGGCAGAACAAUAGCAUAUACUCAAGGGAGCCCACAGUAGGCACUUGCAGUGCGCAAGCCCCUACCUCCGUGGCAGCGCGACGCAUUCGUCAGGCGCGCCUGAGCCAUAUACCAGCGCACAGGAUGCCGCGUUUGUUUUGCUGACAUGACAACGACAUGUGCUAUCCAAAGCCGCAACAUUGAAGCGUUCUUGGGACUCGGCGGCACUUUCGCAUUCCCGCCAUUCUAGUGUCGGCAUGACCCAGCUUGUUGGUGUUCUCCUGAAAGCAAGACAUUGUGCCGCAACAGAAGCUGUUGAUGGUGUCCUCAAGGCGGGGCGCCUUGCCCUGCGCCCCGCUCCUCGUAUUCUUUGUGUCCCUAGCAUACUCAACUCAGUCGGCUUUCUCGCUACAAGCAAGCUCUCAAGGUGCAUGCGGCUCACGACACAUGAGUCCAGCUGCGCAACUAGUCACGAAGGCGGGCAGGAGGCCCUGUACUGCAAGGUCUGCCUGAGCUGGCACGAUGACGGCCAUGCGUGCCGAGGGGCCUUCGAGGCCGUGCGCCACGUCUGCGCCGCGGACCGCCUGACUCGGUGGUACUCGGCACCAGGGAUGCUGGCGGCUGCGGGCAGCACGGGCCUGCGCACGUCGUGGACGGAAGGCGAAGGUGGCGCGUAUUGCCAGUGGGCGCGGUGGGCGUCCGACGCUGCUGAGACUGAGGUUAUCUUUGGCGUUCGUGGCAACUCUGCUGGCUGCAAUGAAGAUAGCCCGCCUUCACCCCAGCCUCCGUCGCCUGCGCCGCCCAGCCCAGCGCCCCCCAGCCCUGCCCCUGUGACUCCUGGCGGCGGCACCUGCACGAGCGCUGUGCUGUACAACUCCAACCAGCAGGCCGUGACAUCCAUCACCGGCCCUGUGUACGCGGGCGCUGACGCACAGCCCGUUGGCACGUCGUUCUUGUACCCGAAUACGCUGAGUUCGACAGCCCUGACAAUCACGCUGGUCCGCAACGCGAGCAUAUAUCCGGGACAGAGCUGGUCGACGAGUGAUGCACUGUGGGAGCUAUACACAAACAUCACCACUUUCAAGGCCGACAUCGGGGCUCGUGGUUGCAACCGACCCAACGGCAUGGGAAGCGACUAUAACCACACUGCCAUCGCUGCCAACACCAACUCCUUCAGCAUCACCAUUCCCUACGCCAACAUGGGCCUAGGGACGAAUGACUGUGCUCCUAAGCGCUUCUUCAUCGUCGUCCACACCGGCGUCAGUGGGGAGACCGCCUUCCUGUCCUGGCGCUACAUGACCAAGGACAUCAACCAGUUCCCGGAAGCCUGUGACUCGGUCGACAACGGCGGUGGCGCGUGGUUUGGCUUUGGUGACUUCUACCUGACGUGCGCCGCCUGCGCUGGCGUCCCGCCGUCGCCACCAUCCCCUGCGCCUGCUUCGCAGCUGCCUCCCAGCCCCGCGCCGCCCAGCCCUGCGCCUGGCGCACGGCCUCCGUCGCCUUCCCCUCCCAGCCCGCGUCCGCCCAGCCCCGCGCCUCCCAGCCCUGCGCCUGUCGCGCAGCCUCCAUCGCCUUCCCCUCCCAGCCCGCGUCCGCCCAGCCCUGCGCCGCCUAGCCCUGCGCCUGUCGCGCGGCCUCCGUCGCCUUCCCCUCCCAGCCCGCGUCCGCCCAGCCCCGCGCCUCCCAGCCCCGCGCCUGUCGCGCAGCCUCCAUCGCCUUCCCCACCCAGCCCGCGUCCGCCCAGCCCCGCGCCUCCCAGCCCCGCGCCGCCCAGCCCGCGUCCGCCCAGCCCCGCGCCGCCCAGCCCUGCGCCUGUCGCGCAGCCUCCGUCGCCUGCGCCGCCCAGCCCAGCGCCCCCCAGCCCUGCCCCUGUGACUCCUGGCAACGGCUGCACGAGCGCUGUGCUGUACAACUCCAACCAGCAGGCCGUUGCGUCUAUCUCUGGCAACAUCUACGGCGGCAACGCUGGCACGCUGGCAGGCACGGCCACGCUGACGCCCAACUCGCCUGCCGGCUCUGUCACCAUUACGAUGACGCGCAACCCGUCUACCUACAGUGGCGAUCCGUGGAAGGUGUCGGAUGCGCUGUGGAAGGUGUACACAAACUACACCACAUUCACGACCGACAUCGGGUCUCGCGCAUGCAACCGCCCCAAUGGCAUGGGCAGCUACUACACCCACUAUGCAGUUCCGGCCAACACCAUGUCGUUCAGCAUCACCAUCCCGUACUCCGACAUGGACCUGACGACGGACGUGUGCAGCCCCAAGCGCAUUUUCGUGGUUGUGCACACCGAAGUCGGCGCCGACACCGCCUUCCUGUCCUGGCGCUACAUGGCCAGGGGCAGCAACCAGUUCCCGGAGGCCUGCGACUCGGUCGACAACGGCGGUGGCGCGUGGUUUGGCUUUGGUGACUUCUACCUGACGUGCGCCGCCUGCGCUGGCGUCCCGCCGUCGCCACCAUCCCCUGCGCCUGCUUCGCAGCUGCCUCCCAGCCCCGCGCCGCCCAGCCCUGCGCCUGGCGCACGGCCUCCGUCGCCUUCCCCUCCCAGCCCGCGUCCGCCCAGCCCCGCGCCUCCCAGCCCUGCGCCCAGUGCGCAGCCUCCAUCGCCUUCCCCUCCCAGCCCGCGUCCGCCCAGCCCCGCGCCGCCUAGCCCUGCGCCUGUCGCGCAGCCUCCAUCGCCUUCCCCUCCCAGCCCGCGUCCGCCCAGCCCCGCGCCGCCUAGCCCUGCGCCUGUCGCGCAGCCUCCAUCGCCUUCCCCUCCCAGCCCGCGUCCGCCCAGCCCCGCGCCGCCUAGCCCUGCGCCUGUCGCGCAGCCUCCAUCGCCUUCCCCUCCCAGCCCGCGUCCGCCCAGCCCCGCGCCGCCUAGCCCUGCGCCUGUCGCGCAGCCUCCGUCGCCUUCCCCUCCCAGCCCGCGUCCGCCCAGCCCCGCGCCUCCCAGCCCUGCGCCUGUCGCGCAGCCUCCGUCGCCUUCCCCUCCCAGCCCGCGUCCGCCCAGCCCCGCGCCGCCCAGCCCGCGUCCGCCCAGCCCCGCGCCUCCCAGCCCUGCGCCUGUCGCGCAGCCUCCGUCGCCUGCGCCACCCAGCCCAGCGCCCCCCAGCCCUGCCCCUGUGAUUCCUGGCAACGGCUGCACGAGCGCUGUGCUGUACAACUCCAACCAGCAGGCCGUUGCGUCUAUCUCUGGCAACAUCUACGGCGGCAACGCUGGCACGCUGGCAGGCACGGCCACGCUGACGCCCAACUCGCCUGCCGGCUCUGUCACCAUUACGAUGACGCGCAACCCGUCUACCUACAGUGGCGAUCCGUGGAAGGUGUCGGAUGCGCUGUGGAAGGUGUACACAAACUACACCACAUUCACGACCGACAUCGGGUCUCGCGCAUGCAACCGCCCCAAUGGCAUGGGCAGCUACUACACCCACUAUGCAGUUCCGGCCAACACCAUGUCGUUCAGCAUCACCAUCCCGUACUCCGACAUGGACCUGACGACGGACGUGUGCAGCCCCAAGCGCAUCUUCGUGGUUGUGCACACCGAAGUCGGCGCCGACACCGCCUUCCUGUCCUGGCGCUACAUGGCCAGGGGCAGCAACCAGUUCCCGGAGGCCUGCGACUCGGUCGACAACGGCGGUGGCGCGUGGUUUGGCUUUGGUGACUACUACCUGACGUGCGCCGCCUGCGCUGGCGUCCCGCCGUCGCCACCAUCCCCUGCGCCUGCUUCGCAGCUGCCUCCCAGCCCCGCGCCGCCCAGCCCUGCGCCUGGCGCGCGGCCUCCGUCGCCUUCCCCUCCCAGCCCGCGUCCGCCCAGCCCCGCGCCGCCCAGCCCUGCGCCCAGUGCGCAGCCUCCAUCGCCUUCCCCUCCCAGCCCGCGUCCGCCCAGCCCCGCGCCGCCUAGCCCUGCGCCUGUCGCGCAGCCUCCGUCACCUGCGCCUCCCAGCCCGCGUCCGCCCAGCCCCGCGCCUCCCAGCCCUGCGCCUGUCGCGCAGCCUCCGUCGCCUUCCCCUCCCAGCCCGCGUCCGCCCAGCCCCGCGCCGCCCAGCCCUGCGCCUGUCGCGCAGCCUCCGUCGCCUUCCCCUCCCAGCCCGCGUCCGCCCAGCCCCGCGCCGCCUAGCCCUGCGCCUGUCGCGCAGCCUCCGUCGCCUUCCCCUCCCAGCCCGCGUCCGCCCAGCCCUGCGCCGCCCAGCCCUGCGCCUGUCGCGCAGCCUCCGUCGCCUUCCCCUCCCAGCCCGCGUCCGCCCAGCCCCGCGCCGCCCAGCCCGCGUCCGCCCAGCCCCGCGCCUCCCAGCCCUGCGCCUGUCGCGCAGCCUCCGUCGCCUGCGCCGCCCAGCCCAGCGCCCCCCAGCCCUGCCCCUGUGACUCCUGGCAACGGCUGCACGAGCGCUGUGCUGUACAACUCCAACCAGCAGGCCGUUGCAUCUAUUUCUGGCAACAUCUACGGCGGCAACGCUGGCACGCUGGCAGGCACGGCCACGCUGACGCCCAACUCGCCUGCCGGCUCUGUCACCAUUACGAUGACGCGCAACCCGUCUACCUACAGUGGCGAUCCGUGGAAGGUGUCGGAUGCGCUGUGGAAGGUGUACACAAACUACACCACAUUCACGACCGACAUCGGGUCUCGCGCAUGCAACCGCCCCAAUGGCAUGGGCAGCUACUACACCCACUAUGCAGUUCCGGCCAACACCAUGUCGUUCAGCAUCACCAUCCCGUACUCCGACAUGGACCUGACGACGGACGUGUGCAGCCCCAAGCGCAUCUUCGUGGUUGUGCACACCGAAGUCGGCGCCGACACCGCCUUCCUGUCGUGGCGCUACAUGGCCAGGGGCAGCAACCAGUUCCCGGAAGCCUGCGACUCGGUCGACAACGGCGGUGGCGCGUGGUUUGGCUUUGGUGACUUCUACCUGACGUGCGCCGCCUGUGCUGGCGUCCCGCCGUCGCCACCAUCCCCUGCGCCUGCUUCGCAGCUGCCUCCCAGCCCCGCGCCGCCCAGCCCUGCGCCUGGCGCGCGGCCUCCGUCGCCUUCCCCUCCCAGCCCGCGUCCGCCCAGCCCCGCGCCUCCCAGCCCUGCGCCCAGUGCGCAGCCUCCAUCGCCUUCCCCUCCCAGCCCGCGUCCGCCCAGCCCCGCGCCGCCUAGCCCUGCGCCUGUCGCGCAGCCUCCGUCACCUGCGCCUCCCAGCCCGCGUCCGCCCAGCCCCGCGCCUCCCAGCCCUGCGCCUGUCGCGCAGCCUCCGUCGCCUUCCCCUCCCAGCCCGCGUCCGCCCAGCCCCGCGCCGCCCAGCCCUGCGCCUGUCGCGCAGCCUCCGUCACCUGCGCCUCCCAGCCCGCGGCCGCCCAGCCCCGCGCCGCCCAGCCCGGAGCCUCCUUCACCUGCCCCGCCCAGCCCCGCGCCGCCCCCGCCAUGCGACGAUUGCCCGUCGCUGUUCAUCUCCGAGUUCCACUAUGACCAGAACCCCCAGGGCGGCAACAGCGACAAGCGGGAGUGGAUUGAGAUCAUUGUGCCUGCCGGCUUCGACUGGAGGCAAGACCUGUGGCUGGCGCAGUACACGUUCAACGGCAACCCGCAGACCGCCAGCGGCAGCCUGCACGGCAACGUGUUCCCGUUCACGUCACCCCAGAUCACCGUCAUCAGCGAGACGCGGCUGCAGACGCCCAACUUCGACUGGACGGCGCUGGUGAUUGACCUGCAGGGCAACCUGCAGAACAGCAACGGCGGCUGGGACGGCUUUGCGCUGCUGACCAAGUGCACGGACGGCGUGCGCUGGUCGGUGGCGGACUUCAUCUGCUACGGCGCCAACUCGCAGGGCUUCAACAGCAUCGCCGCGAACGGCCCCGCGGCCGGCCACAGCUGCACCAACGUUGGCGCCGGCGUGAUUGAGAACAACAACACGCCUCAGGGCACCUCCAUCCAGCGCCUCAACACCGGCGACUGGAGCACCGUGGCCACGUGGAACUGGCAGGCCAGCCUACCGCAGACCUGGGGCAGCCUGUUCAACCCCAGCAUCGCCCUGGGCACCAUCCCGCAAGUUGAGGCUUGCGGCGUGCCGCCCCUCGCCAAGCCGCCCUCGCCGGAGCCGCCCAGCCCAGCACCGCCGUCGCCUGCGCCUCCCAGCCCUGCGCCGCCGUCGCCUGCGCCUCCCUCGCCGGCGCCGCCCGUUCCAGCCCCGCCAUCUCCUGCACCGCCGUCACCAGCUCCUCCAUCGCCUGCACCUCCCAGUCCCCGUCCACCAAGCCCUGCGCCGCCUUCACCUGCCCCUCCGUCACCUGCGCCUCCCAGCCCGCGGCCGCCCAGCCCCGCGCCGCCCAGCCCGGAGCCUCCUUCACCUGCCCCGCCCAGCCCCGCGCCGCCCCCGCCAUGCGACGAUUGCCCGUCGCUGUUCAUCUCCGAGUUCCACUAUGACCAGAACCCCCAGGGCGGCAACAGCGACAAGCGGGAGUGGAUUGAGAUCAUUGUGCCUGCCGGCUUCGACUGGAGGCAAGACCUGUGGCUGGCGCAGUACACGUUCAACGGCAACCCGCAGACCGCCAGCGGCAGCCUGCACGGCAACGUGUUCCCGUUCACGUCACCCCAGAUCACCGUCAUCAGCGAGACGCGGCUGCAGACGCCCAACUUCGACUGGACGGCGCUGGUGAUUGACCUGCAGGGCAACCUGCAGAACAGCAACGGCGGCUGGGACGGCUUUGCGCUGCUGACCAAGUGCACGGACGGCGUGCGCUGGUCGGUGGCGGACUUCAUCUGCUACGGCGCCAACUCGCAGGGCUUCAACAGCAUCGCCGCGAACGGCCCCGCGGCCGGCCACAGCUGCACCAACGUUGGCGCCGGCGUGAUUGAGAACAACAACACGCCUCAGGGCACCUCCAUCCAGCGCCUCAACACCGGCGACUGGAGCACCGUGGCCACGUGGAACUGGCAGGCCAGCCUACCGCAGACCUGGGGCAGCCUGUUCAACCCCAGCAUCGCCCUGGGCACCAUCCCGCAAGUUGAGGCUUGCGGCGUGCCGCCCCUCGCCAAGCCGCCCUCGCCGGAGCCGCCCUCGCCCCAGCCGCCCAGCCCUGCGCCUCCCAGCCCUGCGCCGCCGUCGCCUGCGCCUCCCUCGCCGGCGCCGCCCGUUCCAGCCCCGCCAUCUCCUGCACCGCCGUCACCAGCUCCUCCAUCGCCUGCACCUCCCAGUCCCCGUCCACCAAGCCCUGCGCCGCCUUCACCUGCCCCUCCGUCACCUGCGCCUCCCAGCCCGCGGCCGCCCAGCCCCGCGCCGCCCAGCCCGGAGCCUCCUUCACCUGCCCCGCCCAGCCCCGCGCCGCCCCCGCCAUGCGACGAUUGCCCGUCGCUGUUCAUCUCUGAGUUCCACUAUGACCAGAACCCCCAGGGCGGCAACAGCGACAAGCGGGAGUGGAUUGAGAUCAUUGUGCCUGCCGGCUUCGACUGGAGGCAAGACCUGUGGCUGGCGCAGUACACGUUCAACGGCAACCCGCAGACCGCCAGCGGCAGCCUGCACGGCAACGUGUUCCCGUUCACGUCACCCCAGAUCACCGUCAUCAGCGAGACGCGGCUGCAGACGCCCAACUUCGACUGGACGGCGCUGGUGAUUGACCUGCAGGGCAACCUGCAGAACAGCAACGGCGGCUGGGACGGCUUUGCGCUGCUGACCAAGUGCACGGACGGCGUGCGCUGGUCGGUGGCGGACUUCAUCUGCUACGGCGCCAACUCGCAGGGCUUCAACAGCAUCGCCGCGAACGGCCCCGCGGCCGGCCACAGCUGCACCAACGUUGGCGCCGGCGUGAUUGAGAACAACAACACGCCUCAGGGCACCUCCAUCCAGCGCCUCAACACCGGCGACUGGAGCACCGUGGCCACGUGGAACUGGCAGGCCAGCCUACCGCAGACCUGGGGCAGCCUGUUCAACCCCAGCAUCGCCCUGGGCACCGUCCCGCAAGUUGAGGCUUGCGGCGUGCCGCCCCUCGCCAAGCCGCCCUCGCCGGAGCCGCCCUCGCCCCAGCCGCCCAGCCCUGCGCCUCCCAGCCCUGCGCCGCCGUCGCCUGCGCCUCCCUCGCCGGAGCCUCCCAGCCCCGCGCCGCCCACCGCCCAGCCCUGCGCCGCCCAGCCCGGAGCCUCCUAGCCCUGCGCCGCCG